AUGAAGGACGCCUGGGCCGACUACCACCAGGACAUGAACGCGGAGCUGUUCGAGAAGUGGUUCGACGGGCAGCUCUUGCCCGCACUGGCCCGGACGUUUCCUGGGGAAUCGUGUGUCAUCGUCAUGGACAACGCCCCGUACCACAGUCGGCUGAAGCAUUUAACACCGUCGAUGAACAUGAGGAAGGACAGAAUCGUGGAAAUCAUGCAGCACCACCGCCUCGCUGUCCCUCUAAAAAACAACGGCGAUGUGGCGAAGAAGACGGUCCUACUCCAAGCGUGGGCACAGGCGGGUAUUCCUAAAGUGUACCAGCUGGACUGUGAUGCGGCGAAGGCGGGCCAUGAGGUGUUGCGUCUCCCUCCGUACUGGUGCAUUUUUAACCCUAUUGAGAAUGUGUGGAGUUGGGUUAAAGGUACACUCAGAACUCAGAACGCAUCGCUGAAAGCUUCUGGGGCGUCUUUGCUGUAUCAAAUUCGCGAGGUUGUGUCGAGCAUGCCCCAGCAUUUCUGGGCAAACUACUGCCGAAAGGCUAGACGUGAGGAAGACACGCAUAUGAGGGCACCUAGAAUUGAGCCAUUCAUAAUUAAUACAGAAGGUGACAGUGAUGAUAGUGAUUAUAGUGAAAAUGAAUGA